AUUGCCCUCAAUCAUUCAUUGCCGCCUCGCCUCUUAUUGUGGCAGAAAACUUUGAAUCACUACAAUAGCAAGACAAGAGCCAUUGUCUUCUGCGUGCAACACUAUCUUUGCAUUGGAGGCUGAUCCUCUUGAAAACUUUCCAACCCUUCCUUCAUCCUUCCAACACCAGACUCAAAUCAUUACUCGCUUGCAAUACAACUCACAUCACAUCAACCACUACUUUCUCCCCCCUUCUUCACGAUGUCUGAGCAACCCUCAGCAGGUGGCUCUCUUGCAGACCGCAUCUCCAAACCUGAACUCUCGGCGCAAGCUGAUUCCUUCCAACCCAAAUCUGGAACCUCAUGGGCCGACGAGGUCGCAUCUCCUGCCACCGAAGAACCUCCUUCUACCGCAAACAUGGGCGAAGCAGUGGCAUCUGAACCGUCUGUGGCGGAUGCGCAAGUCGAUGGUGCCACGGAGCCUUUUGGUGGAUCACAAUUACAAGAGCCUGCGUACCAAGUCAACGUCAAGUUGGCAGACCUUCAAGCUGACCCCAACAACCCAUUGUAUUCUGCUACUUCGUUCGAGCAACUUGGCCUGUCGGAGGAGAUCCUCAAAGGUGUCAUGAGCAUGAACUUCCGAAAACCCUCAAAGGUCCAAGAGCGCACGUUGCCCCUGCUCCUCAUGAACCCGCCUCAAAACCUCAUCGGUCAAUCCCAAUCUGGUACUGGAAAGACUGCAGCAUUUGUACUCGACAUCCUGCACCGAAUCGACCUCAGCUCCGAACAGAUGCAGAAGACACCCCAAGCACUUGUUUUGGCUCCGAGCAGAGAAUUGGCCCGUCAAAUUCAGGGCGUUGUCAAGGUCAUGGGAUCAUUCGUUCCAGGACUCAUUGUCGAAGCCGCUGUUCCUCAAGACGCUGCUGCGCGAUCUCGAAAGAUUGAGGCUUCAGUCAUUGUUGGAACUCCUGGUACAACAAUGGACAUGAUUCGCAAACGAUCCAUGGAUGUCAGACAAUUGAAAGUGCUUGUUUUGGACGAGGCUGACAACAUGCUUGACCAACAAGGUCUUGGUGACCAAUGUAUUCGUGUCAAAUCCAUGCUUCCCAAGAGCAUCCAGAUCAUUCUCUUCUCCGCCACAUUCCCCGACCAAGUCAUCAAAUACGCUCAGAACUUCGCUCCUGGCGCCAAUCAGAUGACUCUGCAACAUCAAGACUUGACGGUCGAGGGCAUCAAGCAAAUUUAUCUCGACUGCGACAGUGAUCAAGCCAAAUACGACGUACUUGUGAAGUUCUACGGCUUAUUAACCAUCGGCUCAUCAAUCAUCUUCGUCAAAACUCGAGACACGGCGCUUGCCAUUGAACAACGCAUGACUGCCGAAGGUCACAAGGUUGUAUCAUUGACUGGUGGCUACGAAGGUGCACAACGAGACGUCAUCAUCGACUCUUUCCGCACAGGACAUGCCAAAGUCCUCAUCACCACCAAUGUCCUUGCUCGUGGUAUUGAUGUUCAGUCAGUGUCUAUGGUCAUCAACUACGAUGUUCCAGACAAAUUUGUUGGACGUGGUAAAUUCGUUGCCGAUCCUCAGACAUAUCUCCACCGUAUUGGACGAACUGGACGAUUCGGACGUGUAGGUGUCGCCGUCACCUUCAUCAGCAACCGCGACGACUGGGAGAAAUUGAUGGAGAUUCAGAGAUAUUUCAAUACUGAGAUGACGAAGGUUGCUACAGAUGACUGGGAUGAACUUGAAGAGACGGUCACCAAGAUCAUCAAGAGUUCUCGGGCCGGAAAUAACUGGAAGGAUGGUGCAAAGGCAUGAGUAGAUUCCAGGAUUCAGCGCACCUGGAAGUAUGUGGAUUUGGGCAAUAUCCUCCCUUGAGAUGACGCAGACCAGAUAUCAAGAACUCUGGUUAUGGGAACAGGCAGCUCAAGCAAUGUGAUGGCAUACCUGACAUGGACAACUCAAGACAGCUGCGAUGAAGUGUGCAGACACACGCUUGCUUGACAUUCAGAUGUGAAGGCUAGAUAGCAUAUGGACGAAUUGAUACCCACAACAGCAUGGAUUGGACUUGCAAGAACGAAAGAAUGAAGAUAUGUCAAGAUAUGUCAAAAGAAUUGAAGACUCAAAAUCGUG